ACUAGCUCUUAUGUAAUAGUCGUUGAAAGUAACUUUGAUCGCGGGAACUUAAUUGUGUCCACAGUACAUUGCACUAUUAUGACUAUUAAGUGAUCAAAUCAAAGUGAAAAUCAUUUUUAGACUAGUUUGAAAAAUCUUAAUUCAAAUAAUGUUUCUGUCAAACUUUGUCAUGAAUCUGUUUACUUUGUUGAUUUUGAUAUCUUCUGCUGUUGGACAAAACCAGCCGAAUGGAAAUUUUUCAUUUGAUGCGCCACUUAUUGGUGAACAAAAUCUGCCUCUCGUGGCUACUCUUGAUUUUUCGAAAAUAGACACGGAGCUUAAAAGUUAUAUUAGCAAUACAGUUUACCGAGUCACAGGCGAGAAAGAUGAUAUUGACAACCAACAAGAAAUCGACAAACGCAUUAAGGAGGCUUUACCCCAAAUAACAGAUGCUAUCACAGAAAAUAUUCGUACUGAUCUACGAGAAAGCCCAUCGUUCACUGCCUCCCUGACAACUUCAAUAGUGCCAGCUGACACCAUUAUAUUUGACAAAGUAUGGUUCAACACCGGAAACGGAUACGAUAAACAUACGGGUGUCUUCACUGCUCCGAGAUAUGGACGAUAUCACUUCUCUGCGACUGUAAUGUCCAGUGGGAAGCAAGGGACUGUUCAUUGCGCAAUGAAGAAGAACAAUAUAGCUCAUUUAAACAUCUUCGGAGGAGAAAAUUUUUCAGCUGGUACUGUUAACUGUGUAUUAGCUUUACAGAAGGGUGAUCACGUGACAAUUGUGCGAAACAGUGGACAAGGAGUUUUUGGAGGACAUUGGUCUGUGUUUUCGGGAUACUUCAUCGGUGAAUAAUGUUAUAAAACUACAUAGUUGUACUAUUAUUUACGCGCAUAGAAAUACAAUUAGCGGACGUUUGAAUGUGUUUCCCAUGCAGUUCUUAUGAAUAAAAAAAUUGGAUAUAUCAACCUAAUUUUGACUACAAUGUUGUUUAUAAAGCACGAAAUUCUAAACAAAAUCAAUACAAACUCAUUGAUCAUUCGAAUAAAGUUAUUCGUAAAGAAUACCAUUUUAACAACGUGGGAAAUCUUUGAAAAUGGUAUUGUUUGAAAUUACAUUGUUUUCGAUAAAUUAAAACAAAAGUAUAUAUA